AAAAAUAACAAACAAACAUCACUAAUCACCGUUUCACUACCAUAUGAUAUACCCCCACAGCCCCACUUCACCUCCCCUCCCCUCUCUCUACCGUCGCCAUUGUUGCUCACCUCAACCAAAAAGAAUCUUAAGCAUUUUCAGUUUCACUACUUCAAUUCAUCUCCUCCAAUUCACAGAAACCAUCAACAAAUCCCUUUCUAUUACCAAGUUUGCUGUAAAAUUAGCAGAAUAAUUGAAGAAGAUGCUGGGCGAACUCAUCAUAAACAGUCUUGUGUUAAUUCUUGGAUAUGCUUAUCCGGCUUUUGAGUGUUUUAAAACAAUUGAGAAGCAUGGUGCAGGAAAUUCAGAAUUAAGAUUUUGGUGUCAAUAUUGGGUCAUCAUAGCCGUUCUUACAGUUUUUGAAAGAAUCGGUGAUAUAUUCAUUUCAUGGGUACCAAUGUAUAGAGAAAUGAAGCUAGCACUCAUCAUCUACUUAUGGUAUCCUAAAACUAAGGGAACAGGGUAUGUAUAUAAUGCUAUGUUGAGGCCAUUUGUAGCGCGACAUGAGACCGAUAUAGAAAGAAGUUUAAGAGAAAUGAGAGCAAAAGCAUGGGAUGUGGCGAUUUACUAUUGGCACAAUUCGUCGGAACUUGGACAAACUAGAUUCUUUGAAAUCAUUCACUAUUUAGCUUCCAAACCUUCAAGGCCAAGAUCCGAGGUAUUACAAAACCGUCAAAAUUCAGGGGAGAGACGUCCUCCACCACCUCCACCAAUCGCUCCGCCCUCAGUUCCCCAACCCGAUCAAGUUGAGGACACGUGGGCACCAAACGCUCCGCCGCUACCAGACACUAGCCAGCGUCAACCGGAGGAGUUGCAUAUUCCAGAAUCGCCGAGUAGACCCGGUUUGACUCCGGGUCAGAGAGAACCCGUUUGGCUAAGGUUCAAACGAUCGAGAGGACUAUGAUUAUUUAAUAGCUAAACUGUGCAUCGUUCUAUGUUCAUUAUGAUACUAAUAAUUGGAAACUUAACUUUUGAUAGCUAAGCACUUAAAGUAA